GACAGAGUGACAGGAAAAAUCACCAACAGGAACUCGGCCUUGCAAAAAAUUCAUGAAAAAAUUACGUGAGCCCGUAAACAAAACAAAGCUUGAAAUAAUUAAUCAAUUAAUUACAAACAGGGGGCAAGCAUGCCAACACAACAUUCGAAGUUGACAGGCGCUGUCAAUACUUAACCUAUCAAAAAAAUUGAAAUUUUGAAAAUGUCUUGCGAAUUAAAAGUAAUAGAUGGUUCUAUGUUAGAAGGAGGAGGUCAAAUUUUAAGAAUAGCUCUGACUCUGAGUGUCAUCAGAAAAAUCCCAAUUCGCCUUAUAAAAAUACGUGCAGGUCGCAGUAAACCGGGUCUGAUGGAACAGCACUUGAAAGGCAUUGAGUUGUUGAGAGACCUCUGUAAUGCCAAAGUCAAGGGUGCAUCCCUGGGCUCCACUGAGGUUGAAUUCUGGCCAGGUGAACUGACUGGUGGAAAUCACGAAGCCCGUGUCAAAACAGCGGGCAGUAUAAGUUUACUUCUGCAAGCUGCUUUGCCUUGCUGCUUAUUUGCUAAAACUCACACCACUUUGAGGCUACAUGGCGGAACUAAUGCUGAAAUGGCGCCUCAGAUUGACUACACAACGGAGGUUUUCAGACCGAUUUUAGAAAAGUUUGGGGCAACUUUUAAUUUUGAUUUGCUCAGAAGGGGGUAUUUUCCAAAGGGAGGGGGCGAAGUAAUCAUAAACAUUGACCCUGUUAUUAAACUAGACUCUGUAAAUUUAACAGAAAGGGGGCAACUCGUGUCUAUUUAUGGUUGGAGUUUCGUUGCUGGAACUCUCCCAGUAAAUAUGAGCCAUUUGAUGGCAGAUUCCGCCACACAUUGCUUGAAACGUUUUUGUAAUAACAUUAAAAUUGAGAGGUAUAAAGAACUGAGAAAUGUGGCCCCUGAUAAUUGUUCAGGUAUUAUUUUGGUAGCUGAGACUGAUACUGGGUGUGUGUUAGGCGGGUCAGCGUUAGGAAAAAGGGGUGAAAGUGCUGAAGAAACUGGGAAAAGAGCAGCUGUGGAGUUAGUUAAGUCAAUUGAAGAAGGGGCUUGUGUUGAUGGACACUCCCAAGAUCAGAUUAUUGUAUUUAUGGCUUUAGCACAAGGGGCUUCAAGUGUUAAAGUUGGGGAAAUAACUAUGCAUACUAAGACUGCUAUUUUUGUCGCGGAGGAAUUAACUGAUACAAGGUUUGAAAUUGUCCAGAAAGGACCAGCCAAUAUAAUUAAUUGCACUCCCCAACCAGUGACUUAAAUAUUUUGUGAUGUAUUAUUUAUUUUAAAUAAAUUAUAUGAAAACCAA